AUGGCAACAACCUCCGACGCCCCGAUUCCAUCWAUGCAUAGCGCGCACUCUGCCCACAAUGAACUUGCCGACCGCAUCAGAGCACUACCUCAGGAGAUCCAGAAUAACAUCCUGACACUCUCCCUCCAACUCCCGACCACUGUUCGCAUUAACAAGGACUACAAACCUCCACUCGCCCUCCACUUAGACCGCGCAUCUCGUACCAAGUACCUCGAGGGAUACUACACUAACACCAUCUUCGAGACUACUCCACCAAAUCAUCCAUCGACCGGACACUUGGACGUCGAUAAGCACGGAGUACCUAUCGAGGACGAACUCCCAAGUCUUGUCACAUGGGUCAAGUCCCUGAGCCCGUCUCAUAGACGCAUGAUCGGCAUCUUCCACUUCAUCGACAUGAACCACUGGAAUGACUUCCUAGAUGCUGGAAAGCUACUGAGCAAGAAGCGUCGAUAUGCACGAGUCCAUUUCCAGCGCAUUGGAAGAAGUGAGUAUGACGGAGAUUUGCAGAACGCUAGAGUGGUGCUCCGCUCCACGAUCACCAGCGAGGCUGGAAGGGAGGUGGAAUUCUUUUGGGAGAAGACACCGGUGGGUCAGUCGAGCUGGUGGGUCAACUCGAGUAUGCUUUACGUAGACUCAUCGGUUGGGGUGUUUAAUGGAUGA